AUGAGCAAGAAAGAUGAGCUGCGAGGCAAGAUCAUAGGCAAAUCGGCCAUGCGGAACAAACAUCUGAAGUUCCUUGAUCUAUUCGGGAUCUCCAUCUUAAACGAGAUUCGCCGUUUCUAUCGUCGAGUGGUUCCAGAUCCGCCUCAAUCGGCCAUGUUCCGUCCUUCUUUCUAUUCGUUUCCGACCCAAGGUGCCCAUUUGCACGCUGCAGACCUCGACGCCGUGCUAAAGGCUGCCAAGAUCAAUGAGCCGGUUACCCUGGUCACUCAUUCCAUGGGCGGCAAUAUCGCCUCGGCUUAUUAUCUGAGGAAUCCGACCAGAGUCUCCAAAAUCAUCUACACUGCAACCUAUUAUGAUGGCAAGAGUGCGAAACAGUUUUUCCCAUAUGAGGGGCUCACCGCAGGAGUUGAUGAGCUGUCAAAAUGCGUCGACUUCUACACUAUCAUGGGGCUUGAUCGGUCGAUUGCCCUGGAAGCUGCAAAGUGGCCUGCGCAUGGCCGCCGCAACAAUGCAAGCUGCCUGGUGUCCUAUGACAUUGGCGAUGGAUACAACCGGAUUACCGUCCCUACUCUGAUUAUUUAUGGAGAGGAUGACCGUACUGUUCCGGUGGAACAGGGUGUGCAGCCUAAUGGUCGACAAUAUGCCAAAUUCCCGGCUGGUGCUUCUCAAGAGCGUGGCCCACUUUUCCUGUCCGACAGAGGCACCAGAAGAAAUGGAGAGAUUGAUUGA